UAGGCCUGCAGAUUGAAUCGUAAGUGCUUUCCAUAAAAAGUGAAAAAUAGACUGCAGAAUAUAAAACUGCAACGAGGGAUUGACGAUGGAAACAAAGUUGCUUCUCCCGUCCUUUCCCGCUUUUUCUCAAAUAAAUGUUAUCCAUCUUCAUUAGCGAGCAAUUCAACUUCGUCCUCUAUGCAUCAAGCCCCCACCGAUUGCUUUUGGUCUUCUAAGCAUUCUGCAUUGAACCAGCUUGAUCUAUUUUCCUGGCUUCUGUUCCCCUCAAUUUAUAGUAAAGCCUCGUCCUCAGCCUGUCAAGCAUUUCAAACCUUAAGAAACCCAUUGCAUCGGCAUUCUUCUCUGUUUCUAGUUGUAUCUAAUGGCAGUCCCUUCUGAAACCUCUGGACAACCCAAGUAUGGCCUAAGAAAUGCUUUUGAUGGCCUAAGAAUUGCCCUACCUGCUUCUGUUGCAUCCACCCAAGCAGUGCAUCACACAAUAACUGCUUUUGAUGGCCUAAUAAUCGCUCCACCUGCUGAAUCUAAACUCUCAUCUGAAAUGAAACACCCCCCUUAUGAUGUUUUUAUAAAUCAUCAUGGAGGAGAUGUUAAAUACACAGUGGCCAAUAGUAUCUACAAGAAGUUAGAUGCUACCGGAUUGAGGGUUUUUUUGGACAAAAAUGAACUGGAGCUUGGGGAUAUUUUCCCUUUUGUUUUACAAGAAGCAAUGCAAAGCGCUUCCAUUCACAUAUCCAUUUUUUCUGCGAAUUAGGCCCACUCCCCUUGGUGUUUGUAUGAGCUGGUAUUCAUGCUGCAAACUGGCAUCAAAUUUAUCCCCAUUUUUUAUCAUGUCGAGCCGUCUACUUUAAGAUGGGCGAUUGAAGGAAAAGGAAUUUAUGCAGAUGCCUUCUCCAACCACGAAAUGAAAAGUAGAUACAGCUCAGAAAAGCUUAAAAGCUGGAAGUUGGCACUCCAUAAAGCUUCCUUAUACACUGGCGAGGCCAUUAGUAAUCAAGGUGACGAGGAGAAGGUGGUGAUGAAUGUGGUGAAUCGUGUGUUAAAAGAAUUGAAGAAGGUGAGAUUAGAUGUUGCCAAGCAUCCGGUGGGUUUGGAUGAAGCUGAACAUGACUUUCACAAUAUUUCACUUCAAUCUGCUGGGCCAAUACAAAUUGUGGGCAUUUGGGGCAUGGGUGGUGCAGGCAAAACCACCCUUGCAAAGCAUCUCUAUAACAAGAAAUGCUUGAACAUUGGUCGCUCAAGUUUUCUUUCCGAUGUUCGUGAGGCUGCAAGGAAAGAGGUUUUACAUGAGAAACAAAAAAAGCUUCUAGAAGACCUUGACAUCAAAGGCAAAGGAGCGUUCUUUGACAAUGUAGACCAAGGUAAAGAGAUUCUAAAAAGCCGUUUGAGAUCUGUUCCUGUGCUUAUUGUUUUAGAUGAUGUGGAUCAUACAGACCAACUAGACACUCUACUGCCAGAAAGGGAGAGCCUUGGCCAGGGAAGUCUGAUUAUUGUUACCACACGUGAGUUGCGUGUUCUUAAAGCAUGGGACAUCUCUGCUAUAUAUAAAAUCAGACCACUUGAUCCUGCUCAUGCUGGACAGCUUUUUUGUUGGCAUGCAUUGGACAACCCUCUCCAUUGGUGGAAUUCAAGGAACUUGCUCAAAAGUUCAUAAAUGCUUGCCAUGGUUUGCCUUUGUCACUCAAGGUCUUAGGGGGUCUUCUCUAUGGGGAGUCCAGCAAGAAGUAUUGGGAGUCUCAGUUAGACAAAUUGUCCAGAAUAGUACCAGAUGACAUCAAAUUGAGGCUCAAAAUAAGCUAUGAUGCUCUAGAUAAAGAAGAAAAAGAGAUGUUUUUGGAUAUAGCGUGUUUAUUCAUUGGAUGGAGAAGCAGUGAGGCAAUUGCAGUAUGGGAUGGAUCAGAGUGAAAUGGUCUGCACGGUUGGCAAAGGCUUCUGAAUAAAUGUCCUGUUGAAUUAGAUGGGAAGAAUCUCAUAAGAAUGCAUGAUCAUUUGAGAGAUUUGGGAAGGGAGAUUGCAAACCAACAGUCACCUUAUCGUCUUUGGUCUAAAGUACAGAUUAUCGAGAUUCAGCCUCAACAGGAAGCAAUACGAAUCCGAGGAAUGGCAGAUGCAUUUGGUGACAAUUGUUACACUCGGCAAGGAGAGAUCAGAAUAAACACAAACCAAGGAGAGCGUAGCCUCCCGCCUGGCUCACUUGGAUUGAAGGUUUUUGUUGGUAAGGGAGAUUUUAUUAAUGAGGAGUGUAGUGAAUUAUCAAGAGAACUGCUUUGCCUUCGGUGUAGUAGAUUUGAGCAUAAAAAUCUUCCAUCAUGGCUUUCAUUGAAAAAAUUAAAAAUUUUACAACUAUUUGGCCCUUGGAGAUUAGAAGAUUUGUGGGAGCAUGAUGCUCUUGCUCCUUCACAGUUAAAAAGUCUGAGAUCACUGGAUACGUUGAAGUUAUAUAACUGUCACGAAUUAGAUGAGCUUUCAAUCCUUGCAGAAUUAACUUCUCUAAAGAAUUUUGAAUUGUUGAAGUGUCAGAAAUUGGAGAAGAUAGAAGGUUUAGAAAGCCUGAGAGCAUUGGAGACACUCAAGAUAGUUGACUGUACAGAAUUGAGCACCCUUCCAAAUCUUGCAAAGUUAACUUUUCUAAAUGAAAUUGAAUUGAAAAACUGCAUCAAAUUAGAGAAGAUAAAAAGUUUUAAAAGUCUGAGAUCGCUAAAAAAGCUCAAAAUACAUAACAGUCCGCAAUUAGAUAGGCUUCCAAGUGUUGCAGAAUUAACUUCUUUAAAGAAGUUUGAAUUGAUAAAGUGCCACAAAUUGGAGGAGAUAGAAGGUUUAGAAAGCCUGAGAUCAUUGGAGAUACUCAGGAUAUAUAACUGCACAAAAUUGAACACUCUUCCAAGUCUUGCAGAAUUAACAUUUUUGAAAGAAAUUGAAUUGGUAAACUGCAACAAAUUGGAGAAGAUAAAAAGUUUAGAAAACUUGAGAUCAUUGGAGAUACUCAAGAUAUAUGAAUGUCCAGAAUUGGACACCCUUCCAAGUCUUCUGGAGUUAACUUUUCUGAAAGAAAUUGAAUUGAGAAACUGCAACAAAUUGGAGAAGAUAAUAGAAAAUUUUAAAACUCUGAGAUCACUAGAGACACUCAAGAUAUAUAACUGUCCAAAAUUAGAUGGGCUUCAAAGUCUUGCAGAAUCAACUUCUCUAAAAAAAUUGGUUUAAGAAUGUGCCACACAUUGGAGAAGAUAGAAGGUUUAGAAAGGCUAAAAUCAUUGCAGACACUCAGGAUAUACCAUUGUCCAGAAUUGAACAUCCUUCCAAGUUUUGCAGAGUUGACUUUUUUGAAAGAAAUUCAAUUGAAAAACUGUGACAAAUUGAAGAAGAUAGAGAGUUUAAAAAGUCUGAGAUCACUGAGGAUUCUCAAGAUAUUUUACUGUCCAAUAUUAGAUUGGCUUCCAAGCCUUGCAGAAUUAACUUCUCUAAAGAGAUUUGAAUUGAUAAAAUGUUGCAAGUUGGAGAAGAUAGAAGGUUUAGAAAGCCUAAGAUCAUUGGAGGCACUCCGGAUAUGUGGCUGUAGAGAAUUGAAUACCCUUCCAAGUCUUGCAGAGUUAACUUUUCUGAAAGAAUUUGAAUUGAGAAACUGCAACAAAUUGAAAAAGAUAGAAAGUUUAAAAAAUCUGAGAUCACUGGAGAUGCUCAAGAUAGAUAACUGUCCAGAAUUUGAUGGGCUUCCAAGUCUUGCAGAAUUAACUUCUCUAAAGAAAUUUGAAUUGAAAAUGUGCCACAAAUUGGAGAAGAUAGAAGGUUUAGAAAGCGUGAGAUCAUUGGAGACACUCAAUAUAUGUGACUGUACAUAACUGAACACCCUUCCAAGUCUUGCAGAGUUGACUUUUCUGAAAGAAAUUCAAAUGGUAAACUGCAAACACCAGACCAGUUUUUGAACCAUUCAUCAGUAACAUACAGCUUCAUGCAAAUAAUGUGCAGAAAUGGCCAAGGGAAGUUUAUAAUAGCAUGAGGGCAGUGGUUGAUGUGGAAUCAUUGAAAAACUUCUUUACCAUCUUUCCUCUACAAACGUGGUCAAAUUUGGGAUAUUCAAAGGCUUAAAAUUGAGCAGGCCGGAGAGUUCCGCCAAUGCCAUGCUUAUAUGCUUUAUUAUAGAUUAUGUUUAUCCCAACGUAUUCUUCCUACAAGGUUCAGAUUAGCUCCAGUUAAACCGAUACAAAAUUUUGGAAUCCAGCGAGUACAAAGAUGUGAAAGUGAAAGAAGCAUGGUUAGUGAGAAGCAAAGAGGGGAGCAUGCUUUAAGUCUCUCCAUCAGCUUUCCCAAAGGCAUUUAGUGCUGAACUAUUUUUUUCAUAUAAAAGAAACAAUGAUUUUUGUGUGCUUCUCGCAGGGUUUUAUCUGCUCUCAUUAAAUACAUACUUAGAGCAGAAAGGAAAACUGUUAAUUGCAACAUUAUUGAUGGCCAUUGUUCUAACUUCUGAUGCAUUGGAGAUUUUCAUCUAACUGCCACUGGCAUGUACCUGUAUAACCACAACUUUUCUCUAAGAAAUUGCAGUUGAUUCUAUAGCUUUGCACACAGAGUUGUUCAUGGAUUGUUGUGCAUGCCACUGAUACAAAAAAUAAUCACUGCUUCAAUUAAUGGACUCGUCACAACCAGAUUCCAGUCACAUUGACUACCAUAAAGAUAUUUUGAGAGAAGAUUCUCAAGAUUCGCCUCAACAUUAAUUGUAAUCACUUAUUAAAUUGCCACAUUUUGACAAAUUAUUAAUUUGCAGAUUCAUUUACUAUCAUUUUUGU